GCACUAGAGGGUGUACACAUUGUCCAGCAGAUGGAGCUGCGUGUCUUGUUAGUGAUGCGUGAGCAGCAGAGCCGCGGCCCCUCCUGCGCACGGUGCGGUGCGCCCAUACGUUGUUUUCUUCUCCUGGAUGAUGAGGAGGUGCGUGCCUCACUAAAAGAGGCGCCAACGCACCGCAACGCACCGCACCGCACCGGGGCCGGAGCAGGCAACUAAUGAGCAGACCAGACCAGACAGCUCCUCUCAAAGAAAAUCCACGCAGCUCCCAGAGCUCAGAGACGACCAUGAAGACAAGCGGCAGAUGGAGGAGUAAAGAUUCACCUGCAGACGCCUGACUGAAGAGGCAGGAUGGCGGGGGGUCGGAGGGGACUUGUGGCCCCUCAGAAUACUUUUUUGGAGAAUAUUGUCAGACGGUCGAACGUUUGGACACUGUCACAUAGACAGACAGAUACCAACUUUGUCCUGGGAAAUGCCCAGAUAGUGGACUGGCCCAUCGUCUACAGCAAUGAUGGUUUCUGCAAGUUGUCGGGGUACCACAGAGCAGAGGUGAUGCAGAAAAGCAGCACCUGCAGCUUCAUGUACGGGGAGCUGACGGACAAGGACACGACGGAAAAAGUGCGACUAACGUUCGAGAAUUAUGAGAUGAACUCGUUUGAAAUACUGAUGUACAAAAAGAACAGGACGCCCGUUUGGUUUUUUGUGAAGAUUGCGCCCAUUCGAAACGAGCAAGAGAAAGUGGUCCUGUUUCUUUGCACGUUCAGCGACAUCACAGCCUUUAAACAGCCCAUUGAAGACGAUUCCUCCAAAGGCUGGGGGAAGUUUGCCCGGCUGACUCGAGCUCUAACAAGCAGCAGAGGAGUCUUGCAACAGCUGCAGCCCACGGUUCACAAAGGAGAGAAUGUCCACAAGCACUCCCGCUUAGCUGAGGUCCUGCAGCUGGGCUCAGAUAUCCUACCUCAGUACAAACAGGAGACCCCCAAAACCCCUCCUCACAUCAUCCUGCACUACUGCCUAUUCAAGACCACAUGGGACUGGGUCAUCCUCAUCCUCACCUUCUACACAGCCAUCAUGGUGCCGUACAACGUCUCCUUCAAGACGAAGCAGAACAACGUGACGUGGCUGGUGGUGGACAGCAUCGUGGAUGUCAUCUUCCUGGUGGACAUCGUUUUAAACUUUCACACCACGUUUGUUGGACCCGCUGGCGAGGUCAUCUCAGACCCCAAGCUGAUUCGAAUGAACUACCUGAAGACCUGGUUUGUUAUCGAUCUGCUGUCCUGCCUGCCGUACGACGUCAUCAACGCCUUCGAGAAUGUCGAUGAGGGGAUCAGCAGUCUGUUCAGCUCACUGAAAGUGGUCCGGCUUCUCCGUCUGGGUCGGGUUGCCCGUAAACUGGAUCACUACAUCGAGUAUGGGGCGGCCGUACUGGUCCUGCUGGUGUGUGUUUUUGGACUGGCUGCUCACUGGUUGGCCUGCAUUUGGUACAGCAUCGGUGAUUAUGAGGUCAUCGAUGAAGAAACCAACAUUGUGCGAAUGGACAGCUGGCUCUACAUCCUGGCUGAGACUGUCGGCACGCCGUACAGGUUCAACGCGAGUGGCUCAGGGAAGUGGGAGGGCGGGCCAAACAAGCACUCCGUCUACAUCACCUCCUUGUACUUCACCAUGACCAGCCUAACAAGCAUAGGCUUCGGUAACAUCGCCCCGACGACGGAUGGAGAGAAAAUCUUUGCCGUGGCCAUGAUGAUGAUCGGAUCCCUUCUUUACGCCACCAUCUUUGGUAACGUGACAACAAUCUUCCAGCAGAUGUACGCCAACACGAACCGUUACCACGAGAUGCUUAACAGUGUACGAGACUUCCUCAAGCUGUACCAGGUGCCCAAGGGCUUGAGCGAAAGAGUUAUGGACUACAUUGCCUCCACCUGGUCCAUGUCACGGGGCAUAGACACCGAAAAGGUGUUGCAGAUUUGUCCGAAAGACAUGAGAGCGGAUAUUUGUGUUCAUCUCAACCGGAAGGUUUUUAAAGAGCACCCGGCUUUCCGGCUGGCCAGCGAUGGGUGUCUCAGAGCGCUGGCCAUGGAGUUUCAGACCAUCCACUGUGCCCCUGGCGACCUGAUCUACCACGCUGGUGAGAGCGUGGACAGCCUCUGCUUCGUGGUGUCGGGAUCGCUGGAGGUCAUUCAGGAUGACGAGGUUGUGGCAAUUUUAGGUAAGGGAGACGUAUUUGGGGAUGUCUUCUGGAAGGAGGUGACUCUCGCUCAGGCCUGCGCCAACGUCCGGGCACUGACCUACUGCGACCUCCACGUCAUUAAACGCGAUGCUCUGCAGAAGGUGCUGGAGUUCUACACGGCGUUUUCCAACCACUUCUCGAGAAAUCUGUUGCUCACUUACAACCUGCGAAAGAGGAUCGUCUUCCGAAAGAUCAGUGAUGUGAAACGAGAGGAAGAGGAGCGACAGAGGCGUAAAAAUGAAGCCCCUCUAAACCUGCCACCAGAUCACCCGGUACGAAAACUCUUCCAGCGUUUUCGACAGCAGAAAGAAGCUCGCAUGACGGAAAAGCCAGAGCUAGAUGAACAUGACAUUGAGAAGGGCUCUGUGUACGUGGACAUCCCCAUAACUAAUACAGCCAUCACAACUACCAGCAUCGUCACAGUGACAGAAAUCCCAGCAACGCCGUCGUCUUCAUCACCUUCAUCUUCAACACCCACCAAAAGUACUCCACCAGACAAGGUGAAGCUGCAGGUGCCAUCUUCCAUUUCUCUGGUAGGUGGACGGCCUGCUGAACCGCUCAAAGUCAAAGGCUGGGGUCGCUUCAAGGAGUCCAUGGCCAAAGCUGACAACUGGAACAAAGUGUCUAAAGCCGAAUCCAUGGAGACUUUACCAGAACGGACAACGGUGCAUGAAUCACAAAUGUCUUUAAAGAAGACAGACUCAUGUGACAGCGGGAUCACUAAAAGUGACCUGCGGUUGGAUAAAGUGGGUGACUUCCGCUUGACGCCCCAGGACCGAAGUCCUGUCCAGCCUCCGGAGACCAAGCACGUCUUCUACCCCAUCCCCGAGCAGACACUUCAGGCCUCGCUUCAGGAGCUCAAGCUGGAGCUGAAAGAUGACCUCAAGAACCUGAACGUUCGAAUGUCUGGGCUUGAGGCUCAACUCACAGAAGCACUUCAACUCCUCAAAGCAAGGAAAUCAAGUCCUGGCUCUCCGCAGCCGCUUUUUGACAUUUCUAGACCUGCUUCACCAGAACUGGACAAAGAGGACAUCUUCUCUUGAAGGAUGGAAGAAACAUCAGGCGACAGUUAACUGCGAACUCAGCUGGAAUCCGGUAACAUGCAGAUUACUUGGAUAGCUGAGGCUGCACUGGGCGCACCAUUUUGAUUAGGCAGCACUGUGGUCUUUAAGAUGCACCAGCCUUCAUCACUGGGGUGUACCUGUUGGUUAACAAGGUAAGGCGAGGUCGUAGCCAAGAAUUUGGUGUCGUAACACCGAACGCUUUGAGGUUACGUGAAACCUGACAGCUCUAUGUUUGUACAUAAGUUUGAUUAAUUUUUCCAUUGUGCUAUAAUGGAAAAAAAAGCUUGAACUGUUUGAUUAUAAUCAAAAUCUGUUUACCAGUUCAGAUUGUGAGUCUCAGCAGAAGAACAUAGUUUGUAUCUCUGCUGGAAGGCUCCAAUAGAAACAGCAUGAUCCACUGGUUUGUUAUUGAAUCAUUUGUAUGAGAUUCUUCUUUGCAUGUCACAUAAAAUAGACGUGUGCCUCGGACAGCAGAUGGUGCGUAUUUGAUUAAUUGAGGCCACACAACGAGUCAUUGGCAUUAUUUCAGCCUGACAGUGAAAAAAGGACGGUCCUUACAAAUGUUGAAACAGUCUGGGAGUAAUUUCCCCAAGCAGCUGAUGAACUCUUUUAUCACAUCAACUGUCAGGAUCGUUAUGAAUUAUACAACAGAGGCAAUCAGAUUUUCAAAGACAUCUUAUUAUUUCCAUAAACCACGGCUAGAUGGGCUUCACGCCAAAUGCAACGCUAGUGUGGCAGCAGCGAGCUGAGUUAGCCAUCUUUUCUGAUAUCUAGUAUUUGUUAUUCUCAUAUAUAAAAACUUCAGAUACACACAUGUUGCAUUGUAUGACAGCCAUGCAUAUUUUGCUUUUAGGUGGAACUAAUAUUGGCUGUGCCUCUUACCGUAUUUUAAAAGUCAAGAACAUAGUAAGGAAUGCCCUUUUGCAGAAUAUUUCUAAGAUGAAAAUUUAUUUAUGUAAAAUAAAAACUUGUGCAGGUUUACACAUUUAAAACAAACACAGAUAGUCACUGGAAUUUGUUUUAGGAAUGAUUUUUGCCUUUAGUGGCCACUGAGGCACAUUUUUACAUUUGUUACACCAGUUUGCAUGAUUUAAAGUCUUUCUCUGUCUUCACAUUCACUUGAGGUCCUCCCAUGACGACACAAGAUCAAAGUUGACUAUUAGUAGAGAGCAGAAACUCUUUCCUGAACUAGUAUUUGGAGGCAAUGUUAAGUUCUGGUUUCAACAAACUCAAGCACGCGUUCCCUGAAUGCAAAUGGGAGACAACCAGCAUCACCUGUGUGCGCUACCAAACAUUUUCGUCGAGUCGUUACACAUUCAAAGAAAUAAGAAAUCAUUUACAUAGCAACCACUGCAAGAUUUAAACAGUUUUAUGUAAAAUACGACACAAAAAGAUUUUAUUAAGUUCCCUUCAAACUAAAUAUGCCUUUUUGAAAUGCACCAGACCUCGGCGCAGUAGCGCUGUCAAAAUGAAUAAAACAAAGGAACAAGUCGACGGCAAGUGUGCUAAGUUUCAUGACUUUGUUUCACCACAGUGAAUAAAUGUCAUUCACAAUCGUUUAUUACAGAAAUAAGUGCACGGAAAAAAAGAUGCAUCAAAUAUCGAGUAAAGCAGAGCCAUGUGUUCUGGCAUCAAGCAAUAAUUAUGCAUAUUUAGGUGUUGCAGUAGUUUUUUUUGUGCUAAAACAUCAAGAAGAAAAUCUAAUAUUCGGUAAAUAUGACUCAUUUUUUUAAACUUCAAAUUGCUUCUAAUGAGGCCCAGAAUAAAAUCAUUUCAAUCAGUAGUAAUAAUGUCAUAUAUCAAUUAUAUUAACAGUAGUCAUACUUGUAUUUCUGACUCAGAAAAGUGAGGGUUUAACUCUUGUAGAAGCAGGAACUUUACUGACCUGCUUGAAUCUAAAUUUAGUAUACAGUAAAUGCAUUAUUUUACAUGGCAAAGAAUGACCAUUUUUCUAUAUUAUUUAUUAUUCAUAUGGAUAAUUUAUGUUCCCCGCAUGCCUUUGCUUUUAUCGAGACAAGCUGGGACGGACACAGCUGAGAGGAAAGGCGCCAAGGCCCUUUUUUUUUUUUCUCCGACACAUUAUGUGGCUCUAUUCCCAUCAAAAAUUCAGCUUACUAAAAAUAAAUGGGCAUGUCAACACAGAAGUGAGAACUCAUUUGGUUUAGAGUCAGUGUUUGUAGGUCUUUAUGGGUCUGCUCUCAAAAGAAACCUCUCUAUUAGAGAGAAUAAAGCUGCGGCUCACACGUGCGGAAGAAGCUCGAGACGCCGGAAGGAGGCAAAAUGGGGUCGCGGAGAAAUUUAGUCACCUUUAUGAAAGAAAGGAUAUAAAAAUUAUGUCAUGGCAGGCACAGUAUUUAUCUAAGAUUUAAUAUAUUCGGUAAAAAGUUAUUACAGGCAAGCUCAGCCCCCACAGUGACAAAUUUCAGCUCAUUAGUCUCCAACUGCGCUGAAUUUUUCGAAAUCGGUUACAUCAUACAGUAGCUCUGUAAUAAAAGACUUUAGAUUGUAGACUGUAGAUUACUAUCAGCUUGGUUUUGGAUUUGCACAAUAAAACAGAGAGACUGGAGAUGUGUCAAGACCCAGCACUUUGUUUUUAAUGUUACAGAGGUCAAAUGUUUACUGUUCUCUUUGCAACCUGUAAGAAAAUCAUCACACACAACCCGGUACACACUUAACAAGGGUCAUAGUACUGCAGUUUUAUCUUAUUGUUGGAUGGGCCAAAAUUCAAAACAAAACAAAACAAAUUGGCCAACUUUUAUGAAAAUGUUGUUUGAAGCUCUGAAUUGGCAUCAGUCAAAUCUGGCAACGCUGAAUAUGUUACAUAAACAACACGCUCAGCCAGAUUUACAAAUUAGAUUUGUGCAGUGCAUCAGUGGCGUGCAGAGUUUAACACUUUAAGGCAUAAUGUGGAACACACUUAUAUUUGCUGUCUUACUGAGAAUGAGAUAAGAUUGAUACCACUUUCAUAUCAGCACUGUCUGUACAUUAACUAAAGAGUUAUAGACUGCUUUUCAUUGUGAAUGCGGCCUGGCGUGACGAAGCUGAUUGGCUUAACUGUCUGAAAAGCAAAACACUUCCUUUAAAAUCCGUUAUGACUUUGUAAGUUUGUUUUAAAUAGUUUUCCUUCGUCUCUUUCUGAACACAAGCUGGAGGGUUUUGAGCUUUAGUCUGGAAAUUAAACUAUAAGUCAUGAUACGUGGAGAUCAAAGGUGUAAAGCGUUACUGAACACAUGACUUUUAAUAAUACUAACGAUGCUGAAGACAUAACUUAACGAGGUGCUGGUUCAAAUAAAUAAUAUGAUUAUAUGAUAAUAUGAUUCGUACUAAAUACACACGUUAAAAAGUUGUUUUCUUUGAAGGUUUUUAGCCACAAUAAACUGCUGUUUCACUUCACCAAUGACACAGAUGAAUGACAGAAUUGAUAUUUAUGAAGUAUAUUUUAUUUUGAAUGACACUAUGGAUCUAUGAAGUUUGGUCCUUUUUUUGUAGGAGGUACUUUAUUCUCUUGUUAUGUGAUCGGUUGUAUUUACACUGUAAAUUUAAAAUGAUCUUUUGGUCGUCUAAUAAUCAGCAAAAAAAAAAA